UGGUAAAUAUAGUAAUAUUAAUGAUUAAGAUUUAGGAGUGAUAUUUGAAUAAAUAAAAGAAUUGAAUAAAUUAUUGUUAGAGAAAUAUAUGGUAACACAUUGUUAGUCUAAGUUUAAGGUAAGACCAAAAAAUAAUGAAUUAAAUGAAAGAGUCCAAACAACUUUCAAUAGGUAGAUUUUUUAAGACUCCUUCCCUUUUAAUAGUAUUGAUUUGCGUAUUGAAAUUAAUGCAUAUAUUAACAUCGAUAUUCAGAUUUUUCUGAAAAGAUUAAAUACGAAAUGGGAAUAACCUUUUAGCAAAGAAAAAUGGAAAUGGUAAUAACCACACGAUAACAUCCAAAAUCAUACUUUUUUCAAAAAAAAAAAAAACAUCCAAAAUCAUACAGUAAACAAUAUAUAAGGAUAUUUUUGAACAAGAAAAAAAAAACAAGAUAUAAGGAUAUUAGGAUAUACGUAAACUGGUAUCUUGCAUAUUUAAAAGGUGGAAUCCUCAUCCUACACACACACUAUAUCUAUGAUUAGACAAUCCUUUCGGAAAAAGCUUGAUCCCAUGAACAGACGAAUAAAAUAUAGUCAAAUCCAAAUUAUUUAUGUCGAUAAGCUAUUCAGCAUCUAUAAAUCAUAUAAAUUGACUAAUUACUUAUUUUAAAUGUUGACGUUUUCACCGCUUCCUAUUUUUUGUAGCACUCCGUAAAUCACCAAUUACGUUAUCAUAUAAUCUCCGAUUUAUUAUAUAUGAUGAUAACCUACAACAUAUGUGAUAUAGAUAAACAACUCUUCAGAUAAUGAUUCUACUAUGAAACUCUUUCAAAAACACCUGAAUCGACGGAUGGUCUAACAACCAACGGUUUUGCCUGCAGUACUCUGGAACAUCCGAUAAGCUUUACAUCUUAUAAUAUAUAAUAAAUUGCAUAGUUUUGAAUUUGAACUCCAAACUUGGACGUAAAUGUUUUUAAACCUGAACCAUUAAAUUACAUUGCGUCUACUUGCUAAUCUACUGAACAUUUAGAAGAAUUGGUUUAGAAAAAACGUAGGCUUUGAAUGUUUCGUGAAAAUCGUAUUUGUUUUGACAAAACGCAUCACAUUUAAUACUAAUAUAUAUAUGAUUGUGUUACUAUUAGGACGGCAUAAUAGUUGUUCCACGGUUGUUUGACAUGUUGCCAUUUAAACUCUUAAAACUAACCAUACAAGCAUGGUUGUGUGGUAAAGCAGAUUUAUUAAGCAUUCCGGAUUUGAAACCUACUGUUUUAGAUAUAUCUGUUUGUGUGGCCAAAAAUAUCUAAUUUUCAUUAUAUAUAAUUAGAUUUGUCUAGUGCUGGUUAACAAUCUUCAAAAAAAUAAUCAGUUAGUUCUCAGUUCACCAGAUAGUCGUAAUCAUCUUAAAACUGUUAAUGAAACAAGUUGGGGCCAUGUCACACGCACUUUGGUAAGAUAUAUUCAUUAUUCGAUUUUAUUUUGCUAAUAUUACACGUUCAUCAUUCUGAUCCGAUUUCAAGCGGUGAAUAUUACGAAGGAAUUUUAAAAUGAUUAGUUGUGUGAUUGAAGCAGCCUGACUUGAGUGACUUUAGCUUUUUAAAAGAGGAAUUUUCAACUAAUAUUAAGUAUAAAUGUAUAGUACAUCAAUUGUUUUAUAUUGCCAACUAAGAAUGUCGUCGCCAUACAUAUGACAUAUCUUUUCUUUUUUAAUUCAUGAAGUGUUGUUCUUGUCGGUUUCAAACUUUUAAUAUAUGGAAAUUCGACGAAUUGCUGACUAUAUCGUUUUUACGCGUAUAUAUCGACAAUUAUUCACGUAUGAAAUUUGUUUUUUCUAGUUUUUAAUGUUUGAGUUGGUAUGCUAUAUUAAAGCUUUUUCAGGAUUUAAGAAUUAAUACUUAGAUUUUAGAUAGCAGAAUAUUGAUAGGUUGUAAAGACUGCACCUUUUAAAUAUAAAUUCUUAUAUAGGUGCGACAAGAUAAAUGCCGAUUCGGCCGUUCAAAUGUAAUUAGUAUAAAUGCCCGAACUAGAUCAUAUAUAUUAAAAUUUGUUCAUAUAACUCGUGGUCUCAAAUUAAAUUGAUAGUCAAAUUCAUUUAUACAUGAAUUAGAAAACAUAGUUCCUACUUGUUAAUUUUAGAAGUGUCUUAACUCUAUAUGCACCCUAAAAGUGUUAAAUAUUUGUUGGGCGGUAUAGUAUGCUUUUUAAGAUUAAUAAAAUUAAUUUAUCUGAGAUAAAUAAAUUUUAUUGAAGGAAAAAAAAAACAGAAAUCGGGUUUUGGAACUACUUUAAACUUUGGUCUACUGAAUUAUAAAUUUAUUUAUUAACAUAAUCAAUAUACAAACCUUAAACAGAUACUUGCCUCGACACAUUAUUUGAUUAACUUUAGAGUAUCUCAGACCUAUGAAAAGGUCAGAGUAAUUCUCCAAGGGAGCUGCAUCACACGGAUAGAUCCUCUCUCAAAUAGACUGUAAGUAGAUGCCUAUAUCUGUGUAGGUAUCCAAGAAAAAUGUGAUUUAAUUUUGUACAUCAAGUAGAUAGACUUUGAAACAUGUUAGUGUUAUAAGCAUGUUUACUUUACCACUCGACCAUAAGAUCCUGGAAGACUCAAUACAUUUUUGCUCUGAAAUUUCUUUGAUUUCUUCAACUGAUUCGCGUUCGUUCAUAAGUAAGUUGUGUUCAUGACUUUUAAGAGUUUACUUAUCAUUUUGACACUUCUAUAUAUAUGUAAUGGUUAAUAAUAGUUAUAUAAAUAUUCUUUAAAAACUUUUUUGUUUAAUAUCAAAUGAGUUUUCAGCUUUAAUGAACAUAUUUUUUUUAUAUUUUUAUUAAUAAUUUAUUUUAUUUUUGGUUAUAUUGUUAUGAAAUAUAACAAAUUAGGGGUCGGUAUUUGGAUACUCAUUCGGGUUUGGUUGGGGUUUAUUCGGAUUUUGGAUUUUCAAUGUUAAAAAUUGCAGCCCCAUUAGAAUAAUUAUAAAUUUUGGUUCGGGUUCGGUUCAGAUUUUUUACGGGUUCGGAUAACCCGUUUAAAUUAUUUUAAAAUUUUCAAAAUUCAUAUAUACUUUAAAUUUCUCAAAAUCCAAAAAAUAAUAAUAUACAACAUAUAAAUUUGAGCAAUGUAUGCUGAUACCUAAAUUUAACAUAAAAAUUGAUUUGACAUGAACAUUUGGACGGAGAAUCAAUAUAUAUUUUAAGUAUUUUUGGUGUUUUGAACAUUGUUUAACUAUUUUCGUUAUUUACUUUUGAAUAUUGUAUAUAUUUCCAAGUAUUUUGGACAACUUCAAAAUAUCUUAUACAUUUUGGAUUUUUUUGGAUAUUAACUCUAAAAGUAGCUAAUAUAUUCAACUAUAUAAAUCUGAUUCGGAUACCCGAAAUAUUUUGGUUCGGAUCGGGUUCGGUUCCGGUUCUCUAGAUACCAAAGUUUUGAACCCGUUCGGAUAUUUAACCAGUUUCAAUUCUGUUUCGAUACUACUUUUUCAGAUCGGUUUCGGUUCAGUUCUUUGGAUUCAGAUUUUUUGCCCAGAGCUAAACCCUAGAUCAAAUGAUCUUUUAGCUUUAUUUUUAAAGCCUUAAUCUACCUGUAAUAUCUUAAACAUUUCUGACAGAGUAUCUAUAUAUUAUAAACUGAGCUAAAGAGCAAAUGAUCACAAUACUAAUUGGUAUACAUUCAUGAACUAUCAGAGAGAUGGGAUAAAAGCGGAGCCGCCAUUUCCACUUCUCACUCCCACUUUCCAAGCUCUUUUAAGGGUAAGUUCGAUAUCUAUGCUCGUCUUAAUCACCCAUUAAUAUUCUCACAUCAAUAGAUCAAAAAGCAUAAUUUCUUGACUACAAGUAUUCUUAUUCCAUAUAGAUUGUUCCUUUAUGCUAUCAAUAAUAAUUUUAUAGGCUAGUGAACAUUAGAAAAGACUGAUUAAUAUAAGUUGAAAAAUAAAUUAAGAAUAAUCUCAUCCCUCCAUUAUUCGAAUCUUAUGUAAUAACUAACUACUAGUUUGAUCAUUUCAGUUUUGUGCGUGUAAAUCUCACAAUAUAAUUAAUAAUUCUUGAUGCGUAUAUUUGUCUACUGCAAAAUUGACUAAACGAAUAAUAUAUUCCAAGUUGAACCAAGAAAAUCAAUAUAUUCUAAGAAAAAAAAGAAUAUUGGAAAUGACAUAUUUCACAGGGAAUUACCCAAUUAAUAUAAGGUCUUUUUAAACUCUCUCCAAUAAUAGUACUAUUUGGUAGAUUUCUAAACGGCCUGAACCUAAAUAUAUAUAUAUUAGACGUAAAUAAUAGCAAGUCAUUUUCAAAAAGUUUUGAAAAACUCUCUUUUAAAAAAAAAAACUCCAAAUUGGAAAGCUCCCGUAUAGUUUCUGAAGCCAACAAAAUAAUAAAACUGUAGCUGCUAUGUUCCUUGCUUAUACUUCACGUCAUACAAUUUAAUACUAGAAGAUUAUUAAAUAAAAUAAAAUCCUAUGUCCUCGGAAAAUCUGCUGACUUUUUUAAAAUUGCAACAGUCACCCCUUCCUCUAUAUAAAACCCUAGCUACUUCACACUUGUUUUCAGUUCUCUCUAUCUAUCUCUUUCCUCUGUGUUUAGAGUUUGUGAUAAAGAAAAAUAUGACAACGGUUGUGGAGGUUAGAGAAUACGACCCGAGUAAGGACUUAGCCACCGUGGAAGACGUUGAAAGGCGGUGCGAAGUUGGUCCGACCGGAAAACUCUCUCUCUUCACCGAUCUCUUAGGUGACCCCAUUUGCCGUGUCCGACAUUCACCUUCUUACCUCAUGCUGGUGGCUGAGAUUGCUACAGAGGAUAAGAAAGAGUUAGUUGGAAUGAUUCGAGGAUGUAUCAAAACCGUUACAUGUGGUAGCAAAACACUCGAUGUUACUACCAAACCACUUUACACUAAACUCGCAUACGUUUUGGGCCUCCGCGUUUCUCCUACUCACAGGAGGCUAGGAAUAGGGUUUCAGCUCGUGAAGGAGAUAGAGAAAUGGUUUAAUCAAAACGGUGCAGAAUAUUCCUACAUUGCUACUGAAAACGACAAUCACGCUUCCGUUAAUCUUUUCACCGGAAAAUGUGGUUACACUAAGUUUCGUACACCGUCCAUUUUGGUUAACCCGGUUUACGCACACCGGGUCAACGUUUCUAAUCAGGUUACGGUUUUCAGGCUUGAGCCGUCGGAUGCUGAGUCACUAUACCGGCUAAAUUUUAGCACAACCGAGUUUUUUCCACAAGACAUCGACUCAGUUCUUAACAACAAACUCUCGCUUGGAACAUUCAUUGCUGUUCCACGUGGCAGCUGCUACGGGUCCGGGUUCGGGUCAUGGCCCGGUUCAGCUAAGUUUCUCGAGUAUCCACCUGAUUCUUGGGCGGUUUUAAGUGUGUGGAACUGUAAAGACUCGUUUAAGUUAGAAGUUCGUGGUGCAUCGAGACUACGGCGCGUGUUGGCCAAAACAACGCGUUUGGUUGAUAAAACGCUACCGUUUUUGAAAAUUCCAUCUAUUCCAGCGAUUUUUCAGCCAUUUGGACUUCAUUUUAUGUAUGGCAUUGGUGGUGAAGGACCAUGCGUGGAGAAAAUGGUGAAAGCGUUGUGCGGCCACGCGCAUAACCUGGCUAAAGAAGGAGGAUGUGGUGUCAUAGCGGCGGAAGUGGCCGUAGGAGAGCCAGUCCGGAGAGGGAUACCACAUUGGAAGGUGCUAUCGUGUGAUGAAGACUUGUGGUGUAUUAAACGGCUUGGUGAAGAUUACAGUGACGGCUCUGUUGGUGACUGGACUAAAUCGCCACCUGGCAAUUCCAUUUUUGUUGACCCUAGAGAAUUCUGAUAUUUCAAAUUAGAUUAUGUUAGAAAACGAAUAUUUAUCUUUCAUGUCAGAUUGGAUGUCUUUUAACCUUUGGAAUGAAUGAUGUAGUAAGAUUCUUUCAAAUAUGUAUCUUGUUUAAAAGAGAUUCUAAGGUAUACUUCUUUAUGAUAAAUUGAAGGUAGUAUUUUAUAAGCAAAAUCUUGGAUGAAAUAUCCCUUGUUUGAAGGGAAUUUGUAUUUGUUAAAACAGCAAUCUUAAAUUCAAGUAAUAUUUUUUUUGUAAGAUUGAAACAAGUAAAGAUGAAAAGGAAA